GUGUUCGUGGAGUUACCGAUCGAUGUGUUGUAUCCGUUUCAGGUGAUCAAGAAGGAGAUCGCCGGCAGUUCUACCGGCAAAGGCAUUGUCGGCAAAGUUGUCAAUUGGUAUCUCAAUAAUUACCUCCAAAAUCUGUUCGCCGGCGCUUUCGACCAGGAUUUUCCCACACAUCCCGUGCCGGUCGACGUUCCCUUCCCGUCCAAAGCCGAUGUGUCCACAGCCGCUGAAAUGCUCUCUAAGGCUAAAAAGCCUCUCAUUAUACUGGGCUCGCAGUCAGUACUGCCACCCGUCGGCGCCGACAAACUACGUGCGGCCAUUGAAUCGUUGGGUAUUCCGGUGUAUUUGGGCGGUAUGUCUCGCGGACUGUUGGGAAAGGCGUCGCCCAUAAACAUGAAACAGGCCAGACGUGAGGCCCUUCGCGACGCCGAUGUAGUGAUUCUGGGCGGAGGAGUGGCCGACUUCAGGCUCGGCUACGGCCGCACGUUCUCCAAGAAGUCCAAAGUGAUUGCCGUCAACCGAAGCAAAGAGCAACUCUGCAAAAACGCCAAACUAUUCUGGAAUCCGGCGCUCGCAGUGCAGGCAGAUUCCGCUCAAUUUUUCGUGGAGUUGGCCCAAAGUCUGGGCACUUUGAAAGUCGAUCCCCAAUGGGUCAGCACUUUGCGGGAGAGGGAGACCGAGAAGGAGAAGAACGCCAGAAGUCAGGCCCAAAACAUUCCCGACGAACACCUCAACCCAUUGAAGGUUUUGCACGAUUUGGACGACUCUUUGGACGACAACACGAUUAUUGUGGCCGACGGCGGAGACUUUGUCGGAUCGGCCGCUUAUAUACUGAGACCGCGGGGACCGUUGCGUUGGUUAGAUCCGGGAGCGUUCGGUACGCUGGGUGUGGGCGCCGGGUUCGCCAUCGGCGCUAAGCUGUGCCGACCCGACUCGGAUGUGGUGGUGGUGUUUGGCGACGGAUCGCUCGGUUACUCUCUCAUAGAGUUCGACACUUUUGUCAGACAUAAAGUAAGUGCUGUUUUUCAUUGG